ACCACCACAAACGAGAGGCUGAAAGAGAGAAGGAACACAGUUUCUCAGAAAAAAAAGGGCUCUGAGCGAGAAACAAAAAAUGGAGUCAAAGGAAGAAGACGUGAGACUGGGAGCGAACAAGUUCUCGGAGAGACAACCCAUCGGGACGGCGGCUCAAACCGGGAAGGACUACAAGGAACCACCACCGGCCCCAUUGAUCGAACCAUCUGAGCUAAAGUCAUGGUCUUUCUACCGAGCCGGAAUCGCCGAGUUCAUGGCCACUUUCCUGUUCCUCUACAUCACCAUCUUGACCGUAAUGGGUGUUAAGCGAUCUCCCUCCAUGUGCGCCUCUGUCGGAAUUCAGGGCAUUGCCUGGGCUUUCGGCGGCAUGAUCUUCGCCCUCGUCUACUGCACUGCCGGCAUCUCUGGAGGACAUAUAAAUCCGGCGGUGACAUUCGGGCUGCUCCUGGCUAGGAAGCUCUCUCUGACGAGGGCCGUGUUCUACAUGAUCAUGCAGUGCCUUGGCGCCAUAUGUGGAGCCGGAGUGGUUAAGGGUUUCCAAGAGGGUCCGUACCAAAUGCUCGGAGGUGGAGCCAACGUGGUGGCCGGUGGCUACACCAAAGGUCAAGGCCUCGGUGCUGAGAUCGUCGGCACGUUCGUCCUCGUCUACACUGUCUUCUCCGCCACUGACGCCAAGCGUAACGCGCGUGACUCUCACGUCCCGAUUUUGGCUCCUCUACCAAUUGGUUUCGCGGUAUUCUUGGUUCACUUGGCGACAAUCCCGAUAACCGGAACCGGUAUUAACCCGGCCAGGAGUCUUGGAGCCGCAAUCAUCUACAACAUGGACCACGCUUGGGACGACCACUGGAUAUUCUGGGUUGGACCAUUCAUCGGUGCUGCGUUGGCUGCUCUGUAUCACCAGAUCGUCAUCAGAGCAAUCCCUUUCAAAUCCAGCUCUUAAUUUAUGUAACAAAUCCGAUUUUUUUAUUUUUAUUUUUAUAUUUUUUCUUUUCUUUUUUUUUGUUUAUUGUUCAUCCAUUUUCAUGUCCACGUGGUCGUCGCUAUCAAUGUCCGUUUUCUCUGUGUUUUCUCUGUGUUAUGUGAGAAUUGUUCUUAUCUACUCGUAAAUUCUUGUCUUUUUUCUAUGUUGGAAUCUAUUUUAAGGGACCAUGUUUCUUUUUGUAUU